UGAACAGCCACACAUAGACAAAGGCUUCCGUGUUGCGGUUCUCGUAAUUUAAAACUAGGUUUGUACGAUGUGACAGGUGGGAGAUUGUAAAUAGAGAAUCAUCUGCAUAAUGACGCUUUUAGCUUUUUGUGCUCUAAUUGCGUUCACCUUUGUUUGUUUCUUUAGGCUUUUAACGACUUACCAACGAUCUUAACAGAGAAAAAGUAACCUGCGCCAAUUUACAGUAAAGAUGGUUUGAUUUCAAGUGAAAACAGCAAGGUAGAACAUUUUUAUUACGGAAGAAAAAAAGGAGUUGCCUCAGAGGAGAAAUGCGCGAGGUAAGGUAAUUGUGUUUAAUUAUAGUUUAGACUCGAGAAAGCGAUGUUCAGUAGUUAAAAAAUUUGAUAAAUACACGUGGAUUUUAUUCACAGCUUCGUUUCAAACACUUGGAAGAUCAGUCAAUCAGUGUUUACCAGUUUAAUCAGGGAGUGAGUGUCAGGUAUUUUGUAGUUUCAAAUGAAACUCCGGAAAACGUUGUAUGAGAGGGAACACCACAUUUUCAAAUACUUCCUUUUAAUGUCGAAAAUUAAACAGAGGAAGCCUGACUUUCCUUUCUAUGACAGGUCAGGUAGGAAAAUCUUAACCACCAUGACUCCCAAAAGUGGUGGGCCGAAGUAAAAGAAAAACAUCCAUAAAAUCGAAAUUGAAUGGUCACACUAUAUAAAUUUAUUCCCAGACUAAAAAGUUACAACAGCAUGAAUAAUUCACGUUAGAUGUGAUAGGCCGGCCUAAACGUACCGAAGAGGUCUCGUUUGAAUGGUCACACUAUAGUAUUUCGUACCUGGACUAAAAUUUUCAAACUGAAUCAUCGUUAGGUGUGAUAGGCCAUGCCAACAAACCAUUCGUUUUAGAGUGUGUUUUAUGUAUUUAGAAUACGAGAAGUUAUUAUCCCAUGAAUAUAAAUUAUCGAACAUUUUUAAUAAUCAGUACUUGUACUGCAUGAUUCUUUUGUUUCGUAUAAAACUAUUAUACUUAUUCACGGCAAGGGACGAUGAUCUCGCCGUGACUUAUAUAGCAUCUUAAUGAUUCGAUCUGAAGCCACCUUAGUUCUCAAUGAGCGCAUUUUCGUGAUACUUAGUUAUGUUCCACGGCUCCUUUUUAUUUCACGUUUCACUCCUUGAAAUGUAUUUCUUUAUUUCCCAUUUGUGAAGUUUUUUUUAUCCACGGUUUUUUCGUUCUCUCUUCCUCAUACUUUCUCAGUUUAUUUCGUCAGUUUAAGAUCUUUUCUCUCUUCUAACCCAGAAGUAACAUGCGAGUGUGUAAAGAAGUGGUUUUAAAAAGCGUUAUCGGUUUUGCCCUCUCUUAGUUUGACAAGUCCAAUAUCGAUGUUUUCAUAAGUCAACUGCGUGCAUGACGAAUAACCCAUUAUGCUUCUCUCUUUUACUAACACAAGUAAACAAUUUUCAGCUAAGUACACAGAGCCAUUUGUACGGUGAUCACUUUACAACAACUGACAGAAUCCUUGGGUCCUUGGGUAUAUUACAGCUAUAUUAGCUUUUGUCAAUAAUGGAGUCUCGUAAUAUGGUUCUAACUUUUGAGCGUGUGGAUGAAAUCUUAAAUUGUGACCCUUCAAAUGAAAGCUACUGAGCAGUACUUUCCUGUAGUACUGUUUAUUAUGCUGAACAAGGUGAUUCUAACUUUUGAGUCUGUGGAUGAAAUCCUAAAGUGUGACCAUUCAAAUGAAAGCUACUGAGCAGUACUUUCCUGUGGUACUGUUUAUUAUGCUGUACAAGGUGGUUCUAACUUUUGAGCGUUUGGAUGAAAUGUUAAAUUGUGACCAAUCAAAUGAAAGCUACUGAGCAGUACUUUCCUGUGGUACUGUUUAUUAUGCUGAACAAGGUGAUUCUCACUUUUGAGUCUUUGGAUGAAAUCCUAAAGUGUGACCAUUCAAAUGAAAUCUUUUUGGCAAUACUUUGUAAAUUUUUUAUAAAAUGAAAAUUAUAAUUUUUUUUGGAAUUUGACUUUGUUCACCUUUAGAGGCCUCAAAGGGCUCAGUGUCUCACUAGCAUUUUAAAUUUGAUAGAAAGGAAAUGAUUUCUGAUUGUUGAAACAAUUAUAACCAGCAUGAUAGCAUUAACAGCGGUGAUUAUUAAAUGUAGGUGUGUUUUAGCAACAGUGACGCAAACUCCAUGAAAACAUUUCCUUGAAAACACAACUCUCGAUUUACUAAAAUUAGUUUGAAAUUGUUCAUAUUUGUUCAAAAGACUUGUAUGAGUGAAUCAUUCAUAUGAAAGGCUUUCACACUCGCUGAAUGAAAGGAAAAGUUAUCCGUCAUGUCCUGGAGUUACUUUUUGUGAUCAUCUUUGAAAAUUGUUGUUAUGGAGAAGACACAUCGAAAUGAACGAAGCUUGUUGUUGGUAGUUUUCCUUUCUCUGAGCAAACGUCUUAAAAGGUUUGAGGGGUUUUUGUGAGUAAACAAAUCAAGUUUAUUUGUUUAUACUUUAUAAUACUAGCAACAAACGACAAUAGUUUUCUAAAUUAGAAAUAUAGUACUCUAAGCAAGUGAUUUUCAACUGGUAUAUUCUUCUGUUUUCACUGAAUGUAAAAGACAUGUUAAACUUUUGGGAACUAACGAUAUUUAUUAUUUAAAACGCAAGGUUGUUUUCGACCUUCAUUCCAAAAACGAAUCAAAGAUCUAAAAGCUUCUGAUAUGCCAUGGGGACAUCACUGCAUAUCUCAGUUAUCAACGAACAUAUCACACCGUAACUCAAAACGAGCAUUAGUAUGAAGAAGGAGAGUAAUGUUUUGCGGCAAAUGGAAAACUUGAGACGGAUUCAAGUGGAUAAUUUCUCAAAUUAAGAAAUGAGAAGAAAAAGCUGUGCAAAAUCACCCUUAUGGAUGAAACUACCAUAAGACCACUUAUUUUUUUGUAGGUGAUAAUGAACAGUAAACGACUCCAGUGAAGUAGAGAAAACUUGGUCACGUGGUACAAAUUGACGUUUCCGUUUUCCGUAAACGUGAUUCAAAAUCUCUCUAUUGUCAACUCAAGUUUACUUUUCCGCGCCGUUGGAAACGUUCACUUUAAAUAAGGUUAAAAAAAGGUCGAAAACGGCACGAAAGAUUAUCACUCAAGUGAUAAACGACACGUAAGAACGCUUGGUUACGUGGUUCGAAUUGACUCGUAAAGCGUCUCAAAAUCUCUCCAUUGUCAACUCAAGUUUAUUUUUCCGCGCCAUUGGAAAGCGUUCACCUAAAACAAGGCAAAAACGUCACCAACGGCACAGCAGAUUAUCUCUCAGGUAAUUUCCGCUCUUCCAAAUGACGGAGGCCACACUGAGUUCAAAACCUCAGCCUCAGGUUUUAAGUUUUAAUCAUUUUGUGAAGCAGCUGCACUGAAAACACAAACGUCCUACUUGGCAGUUUUCAAAUGAAUAGUCGCGCGAGGAUUUUACUCAUAUACCGGACUCAGCUUUAGAAUUGCCCUCAGGGUGACCGCAAAACGGACCUAAGUAUAGUCAAACUCUGUGGGGGCCAUAGAAAGUGUCGGUAUUAACGGGUAUCCGCAUCAAGCGGGUUGAAUUCAGAGAAAAUCUGAGAGCUUUCUUUCCCCAGGGACAAAGCAAACUGUUCGUAAUAACGAAGUGCUCGUAUUAUACGGGUGUCCGUAAAGCGGAGUUCGCGACUGUACAAAAAGCGCCCAUCUGUCCGCAGGCGAGGUGAUUGUUCUGUGAUGGUUUUAGUGACGUCUCCGGCGAUUUAUACUGAGGAAAACCAUGACAAAGUGAAUUUAUUUGUUUUAAGGGGAAAGAGGAAAGGAAGUCUAAACUAGUAUCGCUCGACAGUGACAAGGAAAGUUGAAAAAUGUCUUCCAUAUUGGGUGAAAUAGAGAGUGAGAAAAAUUGUCCAUUUUUCAUCUACGUGUUUGCGUUUUCUUCUAUUUUUCUCGUAAGAAACUGCCAAUACUUCUAAAUACAAAUAUAAGAGCUCUCUUUAGCGAUUUUUAUCGGUUAUUUAUUGGUUCUAAACCCGCUUUUUCUCUGUUUUCUAUAUAUAAACUGAUGUGACCGACAACUAGUGUAUUCCCAGUCAAUGAGAAUGAGGGACUGAUUUGCUACUGAGUAAAUCAUAGUUUACCCUUUUAACCCUAAGAUCAAAAUUUGAAUUCUCGUUUGUUGCCCCUAUUCAUUUCCUCGUACAGAAAUUGUGGGGAGAAGUUGAUAAAAUAUCAAGCAAAUUCAGCUUGUGUGAUCAUGUCCGUAAUUGUCAUGGCCACUCUGUUUACAAAGCAUUAAUAUCACAAGAAGGAAUUUGAUGCUGAUCGCUUUUAGGGCUUAAAGGGUCUAUGUGACAGGGAUACUGCUGUUUUAGGUCAAUUCUGUGCUAAAACCAUUACUAAGGGCCUUUCCCCCUUUUCAUCAGGAAAUAAUACAUGUAGCCAUAAUAUUUUUUUUUGGUGAUUUCUGCAGCAUAGCAUUAAAAUUUAAAACAAGUUGGAGCCAGUUUUUUCAAGAUUUAAUCAAUGUCCAUCCUUGCCAUCCUUUGCAACGGACGACGGAAACAGUUUCAUUGCCUAAAUGAAGUCUUAAAUGAUAAAACUGGACCAUUAUUGUUGGAAUUCAGUUGGUGCGAAAAAAGUUUUCGCAUUUUGAAAAAGAUGGCAAGUAACAUGACAUAACCCUUAUAAUGAACAGUCAAGUAAACAAAACGAACAGCAGGGUAUUCCACACAUGAAAAAAGUAAUUAAAUUAAUCUAGGAUUAGUUUGUUUUUAUUUUUGUCGAACUUUCACUCUUGCCCUAUAUCAAAACGGAAAACAUCCUUGACUGUAAAGAGGCUGAAGCUUUCCUGAACGUUUCUCAAAGGUUUGAGAUGGAAGGUUCCUCGAAGGUUUCUUAAAUUUACACAGCUUUCUGGUGUUCUGUGUUCCGGUGUUUCAAAAGUCCAGUAUUCCAGUUUUCCGGUCACGUCUCUCUCUCUCUCUCUCAGAUAUGCGCAUUGCCCUGUAGGAACUUCAAUUCAAUGCUAAAAAAAAACGUUUCCACAGUAUUGAAACAUCAAUUUUUCAAGUUCAGGAUCACAGUACGUUCAAAAAGGGAUUUACUAAAUUUUGAAAAUAUCGUGAUUUUUCACCUCCAAUAUGCUCAUGUUGACGCCACCGAAAUUUCAAUAAAUAUUGAAACAACAUUGUACAUGUUUUCUCAUGUGUUAAGGAAAGAAUAAAAGAAGCGAUUCAGAUGCUGUCGGGAAUAAAUCAAAAUGCAGGUUGGAAUGCAUUUCCACUCAAGCGUAAUAGAUUGUCUGCUCUCGAACAAAUGCAAUUUAAAUUCCCCUCUUCAAUGCGACUAUUAUUUCAAUGUGAAGAGGACUGUCAGGGACUGUCAAGCUUUCUUUUGUGCAAAUUAUCUGUUGUAACGAUCUAACGGAGCGGCCAAGUUUAAGAGUAACUGUACGUGAGUGAUAACUGUUCUCACUCGUUAAUUGUUUUGAAAUUAUCAUCUCUUUAAGACUAACUGAUCAAUGUGAUGUGCAUGCACAGUGAGCGGCUUAUUUGACACGUUUUUGACUAAGUCUUUUUAUUUAACGCUGUGAAAAUGAACAUUUCGCGCACCGAUCUGAAUGAAAUUGUUCAUUAUUUUGUAUAACGCAUCAAUGUUAGCAUUUUCCAUUUCACCGACAGAACAACUUGAAAAGAACAAUGGAAAUGGCUGGACGGCAAUUUGACAACUGAUUACCUCAAGCAAAUGGCUCCCACGGGCUCGGCAAUUCACGAUAUAUCCAACAGCACAUCUUCCAGGAAACUGGGUCUUACUACACCAAAAAACCCUGAUGAUGAUGAUGAAAACUCUUCUCUAAAUCCAUUCGUCAUUGGAUUAAUCCUAGAAUCAGGUAUUCUAGCCGUGGUAUUUGGUAAUCUUUUGGUUCUUCUGUCUCUACGAGUCCAAAAAUACUGGGCCAUUACCGAUAUUCUUCUCCUGUCGUUAUCCACUGCUGAUUUCGUUGGCGGAUCUUUUCCUCUUCAAAUUGUAAUUUUCAUGAAUUAUUUCCUCCAACAGAACUGGACAGAAUUUCUUUGCGGUUUCUUCAUUGUUAUGGUGCACACUCUUCGAUUCGCUUCCGCGGGUACUGUUAUACUUAUUACAAUAGAGCGUACGUUAAUGAUUCUAUGGCCUUUAAAAUAUCAUACAACCAUCACGAUUUCGCGAAUCAGGAAAGCUGUUUUGUUUAAUUGGCUCAUCGCUGUGUUCUUUGCCAGUCUCCCCUUCAUGGGAGUUGGAAAAUCUGGCUUCGAAGACGGGAAAUGUUUUUAUCACUUAUCAGACUUGGGCAGAACAUACGCGAUAUUAAUUGUAUCCACGUCAUUCGUGCUUUUAGCAAUAGUAUUAAUAUGCUGGAUUGCUAUCAAGUCGUCAAGUACGAGGUUUAUACGAAGACAGACAACAAUGGACACGAAAAAUAAGCGCGCGGGAAACGAUGUGUCCCGAGGGUCGAUUCCCGAAGAGUACUGUGAGCGCUCGAGGGAAAGACGCAAAAGUAACCCUUCUGGUGUGCGCGAAAUCCGAAGACUCUCUCGAAUGAUGGCUGUUGUGGUGUUUCUCUACUACAUCAGCUGGCUUCCAAUCCUGGUGAGUUUUGGUGUCUAGUUUUGUUUUUGAAUGCCGGAUUUUCCAUUCAAAACGAUACCCUGCCAGGAUCUGGUAGAUUUUGUGAAGCUUUAAUUCUUAUUGAAUAUUUUUCCCCGUUCUCGAACUCGUCUUAAUUAGGAUUAUCAAUAGGCUGCUCUCGCAUAAAACAUCUGUAUUGUUAUUUUAGGAACGUCCUCUCCCAUGUUCCCCUCCUGGGGGCUGAGAGAAACUCAUUGAUGAGGCUUGGAUGACAAGAGGUGAAAGACUGGGAGAAUAGGGGGCUGGAGGGGAUGGGAGGGGGACCGGAAGUGGAAGUUCUAAAAGGGUUAAAAGCGGGAUAGAUAGGAGGAAAUCGGGGGGGUACUUCCUUAUGAGAGGCUAGUGGGGAUGUGCCGCUGGAUGGGGUCGCAUUUUCACGACUGGUCGUAUUUUCAAUAGAGUUACCAGGAUGGGGUCUCACAUUUCCAGAUUUUUGGGGGUAAGACAGUUCUUCAUAUUUACGAUUAGCAAACGUACCAGAAUGUUUAUACUGUAGAUGAAAAGUAAAAGUAAAGUGUUCUUCAUUCAAUCUAACUGAAAUGGGCCAAUUUAUAAAAUGACUAAGUUGCGUUGCGAAAAUUACAUAUUUGCCCAAAAGAGACAAAGAUGGGGUCUAUAAUUGGCCACAGAAUAAACUAUAAUGGGGUAGGGGCUCUGAGAGGUCAGCGGCACAUACCCAGCAAAAAUUAACCCUAGUAACCCUUCCGGGGAGGAAAUUAUGCAGCAAUGCUUGAUGUUUCGCAAUCAAACAAGCGCUAAAGAGAAGUUAAGAAUAAGGGGGCGAGAGCCGGGAAUGAAAAGUACGGGAUGUCGGAGGUUUGGACCCCUGUUCCCCCACCCAAAAAGAAACUUUGUUGGAAGUCAUUUUUUCCCCUAGUUGGGUUUCCAGCUCAGUAAUUACAGCAGAGAUUGAAUCAAACAAGAACGCUAAACUUUCUUUUCAGAUAAGUAACAUAGUUACCCUGGUAACAGAGAAGAGGUCCAGUAAACUGGUGGUACUUCUCACAGGAAUGGUAUCUCUUAUCUACGCUCUGGCCAACCCCAUCAUUUAUGGUACAAUGAGCAUGCGCUAUAGGUGGGCUUACAAGCGAGUCUUUGAGGCGGUGUGCAGUAUAUGUGGAUGUACACAAAGACCAAGAUCUCUGAGCGCUUCGUCAAAUUUAAGUAAGUAUAAAAGAAGUUUUAUUCUUCUAAUUUUGCUGUCUUUUAUGUCCGACCACCUCUCGUAAGCGACCACCGAAAAUAUUUAACAAGAAUUUCCUCACCCUCGUACCCAGCGUCUUCGUUCCCCAUGACCAGAGCAUGCACAUUAAGGGACGAAGACUCGAGGUGCGAGAUUGGAAUUUCCUUAGAAAACAUUUGCUUUAGAGGGGAAAUAUGUGAAUGUAUUACAUCGACAACAAUUUCCGUUGAUGCGAAACAGGAGAGUAGUAGCCCAACUAAACUGACAAGUAUUAGUAAAGUCGGAUGAAAUGUUUUUUCCAGUCACGUCUGAAUGUUGAAAGAUGUCACUCGGCGUCCGUCAUAACAUGAGUCGGGACGAUGGAAUAGACCUAUUCCGCUAACUCAAUGUUGUACCCAAUUCAGAUCUCCCGGGGUUAAGAUUCUUUGUGUGUUGUGUUUGCAUCAUAAUGUGGCAUUCACAUUUAAAUGAUAUGGAAAUUCCUGAAACAAAACGUUUUAUGCCCAAAGGGUUUGAAUUGGUUACAACAUUGAGUUAGCCGAAUAGGUCUAUUGCGCCGUUGAGAUCUAGAAAAGUGUCACCAAGGUCCUAAUUCGCCACUUCAGAAACGAGAGGGGAACUGGAACCGAAGUGUGUCCGGCAAUUGUUUUGUUCCCUGGCCUUCUCGACGCAGAUUGCACAAUGGACCAUUUAGCGAAUCAGACUGGGCCGGUGUAGUGUCGAAUUGCAUUAUGGGAGUGUUUGAUGGCUUGAGCCAAUGUAAAUGGGAUAGCGUACCCUAUUCUUACUAAUUUUCGCGAGUAUUAAAUUUCGCGAAAUUUUUAAAAUCGCGAAAUUUAAUCCCAUUUUCGAAACCAAACAGUGAGAAUUUUAAAAAUGUUCUGAGUCCGGGGGUUUUUUGUACCUUGCACAUUGACUGAACAUCUCAAGUUGCAUUUUAAGCACUGAACUGUACGAUAUACAUUGUAUAGAUAGCAUACAACACAGCAAGCAGUUACGUCUUGUCUUGUUCAUAAGGUUCUAUAUAAGGCAGUUGUAAGUUUACAAUCUUGCUUUGAAAUACGUACGUUUUAUUGAUUUGUGACAAGUGCCCUCUGCUCAGGAUUUACGAAAAUUAAACGAAGACAAAAUCGCGAAAUUUAGUACGCUUUUUCUCUAAUUUUUUUUUGCAAUCGCGAAAAUUAGUACUCGAGAAAUCCGGCUCCUAGUUACUCGCGAAAUUAAGUACUUGCGAAAGUACCCAUAACAGUCCUAUAAUGCAAUUUGAGAUCAACGACCCAAGUCUAAUGCAUUACCAGGGUUCUAUCUAGGGUGUUUGAGGGGUAGAAGCUUCCCCUCCAAAAUCCCCAACUUCCCCCCAAAAAAUAUCGGAGCUAAGUGUAACAUUGUCAGAACGUGAUCAAGACUAAAAAAUAAAAUAAAAUACCACUGUAACAUUUCUCAAAAUUGGGUCUCAAAACGCACCAGAUUGCAUCUCAGCGCAUAUUCAUUCCAAAAAUUUCCGGGGGAGCAUGCCCCCGGACCCCCCUAGGAAGCUCGUAGCCUUCGGCCACUCGGGGCUUCUCCCCCAAACGAUAAAUCCUAGAUAAAACCCUGAUUACCUCAUGCGUCUAAUAAUGCUAUUGUUUCAUUGCGAUUUAAGGUAUGUCCCGUUCACGGGCUCUAACAGUUUCACAGUUAUUCAGUGACCUAGCGUCCAAAGAAACCGCCGCCAAAGAAGGGAAUCACGGGAGACAAAACACUGCGUAUGAGCAAGCAGAAGACGCCGUUUAUGGAAAAAGUAAUGAUGUUACCGUAAGCUCAGAUGAUCUCUCCGGUGGAACCAGGGGUAUGGUUAGCUGCUAA